CCUUGGUGGUUAUUGUUGAUUUAAAGGUUAGGAUGGGGCAGUGGACACUAUAUUAACCCAGCUGCUAUUUGUAUCUGUUGUGCAUGUACAGAUGUUAAAGAUUAAUAUAAAGACAUAAUAGUAAAGCUCAUACAAAGGGGGGGUGCCAUAUUAAAAUUCAACUGAAUUUUAAGGACAACCUCGACUUCCUGUUCUCGUUCAGUCUCGCCUUCAUCUCAGGCGCCUUUCCCCAUCCCGCCUGCAGCCACCUGGUCUCGUCUACAAUCCAGGUGAGGCGCUGGAUGGUCUCAAACACACUUAUGCUCUGUGGGUGAUGUCACAGCUGCUUUGUCCAGUUCUCUAUAUACAGUCAGUGGUAGGAACCAGACGUCGCCAGUAAACAGUGAUCGGACUAAGCCGGUCUGAGUUGUGUUUCUAUGGUAACCUCUCUCAAACGUUUGGACUGGACGUGGGGCCGGGCUCUACCUACUUUAUUGAGGCGUCAAAAAAAAUAAAAAAAAUUAUCAAGAUGAUGUUACAAAGGCAUCAGAGAAAGAAUGUUUAUUCUGACCAGCAGAAUGACGGAGUAACAGCGGUUUGUUUCUCUAUAGAAAUCUACGCCUGUCUGCAGGUACUUCCUGUUUGGGACACCAGGGGGCGGGGCUACCUAGUCCAUUUCGUUCAUCAGUAUUUUAGCCUUCACGCGGAUUUUAACAGGUUCUGGACCCGCAGUACGGCAUGUAUGUGUGGCCCUGUGCCGUGGUUCUGGCCCAGUUCGUGUGGACACACAGAGCGGAGCUGAGCGGCAAGACGGUGCUGGAGAUUGGAGCGGGCGUCAGUCUCCCCGGCGUGGUGGCGGCGCGCUGCGGCGCCCGCCUCUUCCUGUCCGACAGCUCGGAGAAGCCGUCCUGCCUGCAGAACUGCCGGCGCAGCGGCGAGGCCAACGGGCUGAGCGGCGUGAGCGUGCUGGGCCUCAGCUGGGGGGAGGUCCCCCCCGACCUCCUGCUGCUGCCAGAGCUGGACGUGGUUCUGGGAUCAGACGUCUUCUACGAUCCUGAAGACUUUGAGGACGUUCUUGUGACAAUUGCGUUCCUGCUGAGGAAGAACCCGCGGGCCCGGUUCUGGACAACCUACCAAGUGAGGAGCGCCGACUGGUCCAUCGAGGUUCUGCUGCAGCGCUGGGAUCUGGACUGCAUCCUGGUCCCUCUGGACCAGUUCCAUGCUGACCAACCGGAGCUGGCGGGGUCCAGUCUGCCGGGCCGCCACACCAUCCAGAUGAUGAUCAUCAGCAAGAAGAACGGCUGACGUGCCGCACAGCAGAACCUUCCCAGAACAAGAUGUGUUGAACCUGAAGCAGAACCGGUCUGAGCUCACAGAACUCCGUCAGCAUUCCUCUGAGCUGCUGCUGGACUGGGCCUGGUUCUGUUGGGUUCCGUUUGGUGGCCAGAAUCCAAACAGCAGACUGAGCUGAAGGUGGUUCUGAUUGCCCAGAAACCUGCCGCUGAGGGGGCGGGGCUUGAUCCACAUUAAAGAAGUAGUGAGCACGGA